GUGUCACCAGUGAACAACUUUCAUCAAAUUCAAACUCAAUGUUGAAAUAAUGUGAUUUUGAUUUUCAAUUUUCCCAAUAACUUAAGUUAUCGACACAAAGCGUGCAUUUCUUAACGCAAUUCAAGUGAUAAUUACGGAGACAUCAGACAAAUGGCAGAGAAGGCGUCCAAAAAGUACAGACCGGAAGUGGACGGCGAGGACGAGGAUGACGUGACCAACCUGUCCGACAUAGUGGGCCCGUGGGGUCAGUGGCAGAGGAAUAUAUUCAUCUACUUCUUCAUCGGCGCCAUGUGCUCGUGUUGGCACAGUCUGGGCCUAUCGUUUUACGCACCUAAUGUGAGCUACUGGUGCGCUAAACCCCAUACCUAUCAGAAUAUGUCGGACAGCGAGUGGAUUGAGCGCACGGUUGGCACCAAGAAUCCCAACUACCAGUGCCAGAGGUAUGAUAAUCCGGACCAACCAUGUGAUAGCUGGCAAUACGACCAGUCGUUUUGGAGGUCUUCCAUAAUCAGUGAACAAGUAUUGGCGACUCUCGUGACGGUCGAAGUGGUGCCUAAAAAAGAGAGCACUUAUUGA